AUGACUGCCGUUGGAGUCACUAGAAAGUUUGACCCUAUGCGGUUCUUGACCGAUUUCAAGAGAACCUCCGAUGCUAUCGGUGCCUCUUAUUCCGAGCCCUCCAUACUGGAAACGCUAAAUACUUUCAAAAGCUGCUUUCAGAACAGCAUCGUGAUCUGGCGUACUACCAACCGAGAAAACGAUCCUCUGAAUUACCGAUUCUUCCUCCAGCAGCGACUGAACACAGUCGAAAUCGCCAUAAAAGCUGGCUACAUCGAGCCAGAUAAUCAAAUGGGGCGACUGAUCACAUCUUGGAGUGCAUUAUACAAUGGAGAGUCCCAACAGUGGUGCGAUUUCCACCCCGAAAGAGGCCUGGUUAAGACCUGGGUAAAUUUGAAACGUGGACGACCAGUCAAUGACAUUCUGAAUGCGCCAGGAGUUCCAUACUCCGUUCAGUGCCAUGGUCCAACAUUUCGAAGCCUGGGCCUGGAGCUAGUAAGCUUCGUGGCCGUUGAUUACGAAAGCUCAACAAUGAACAUAUAUUUCAUUGCUCCAGGGCCAAUUUCCGAGACCCAGGCUGCACAGUAUACUGCACUAGCUCAAUGCAAACCUCCCACCAGGGAAGAAUUUCAAGAUAUGCGUUCAUUCUUGGAUCACCAAGGAUUUACUUUCGCUAUUACGAUGGAUUAUGAGACAGGGGCUGUGACACGAGUGGCGUUCUAUGCGUUGAACCUGUCAACAGAUAGAUUACCUGCUAUCGGGGAGAGGCUUCUUAUUCUCUUGGAAGCGGCACCGUCGUACGAUAGGCAACAAACCAUAUGUCUAGCCUGGUCCUUUGGGUUAGGAGACAAGAAGUAUAUGAAGGCUGAGUCAAGCUAUGUGGGGGACUUUACUUCGCUGUUGAGUCUCGGCUCACCACGCUAUAAGACCACACCCAAACUGUGA